AUGAAACCCGGGAUGGCGGUGACGAUCGACGGCAAGCUCUGCGUGGUCGUGAAGACGGACCACGUGAAGCCCGGCAAGGGCCCGGCGUACGUCCAGGCGCGGAUGCGCGAGGUCGGCGGGACGGGCUUCGUCGACAAGCGGCUCAACUCGUCGGACACGGUCGAGGGCACGCACCUGGACCGGCGCGAGGCGGAGUACCUCUACAACGACGGCACCGGCUACGUCUUCAUGGACACGGAGACGUUCGACCAGUUCACUCUGAACGAGGACUUCGCGGGCGACGCGAUGCUCUACCUCUCGCCCAACGCCUCCACGGCGAUGCUCUUCCACGACGGCAACCCGGUCGUCAUCGAGCUGCCCGGGAGCGUGGAGCUGCAGGUGACGGACACGCCGCCCGGCAUCAAGGGCGCAACGGUGACGAACCAGUUGAAAGAGGCGACGCUCGAGACGGGCCUCAAGACGCGCGUGCCGCCGUUCAUCGAGGUCGGCGAGAUGAUCAAGGUGUCGACGGCGGACGGGUCGUACAUGUCCCGCGUGAAGUCGGAAUAA